GUACUUUGCAUAUAAUAACCCUCUCAAACUCUAUUUUCAGCCAACAAUUCUCAAAAAAAAAUAAAAAAUAAAAAAAUCAAAGGGAUAAUUUUAAUUGAAUGGCUAAAACAACUCCAAAGCACACUCAAGUUGUUUCUGGAUGGGCAGCUCUUGAUUCUUCUGGCAAAAUCACACCUUACACAUUCAAUAGAAGAGAAAAUGGUGUAAAUGAUGUGACAAUCAAGAUUUUGUACUGUGGAAUUUGUCAUACUGACCUUCACUAUGCCAAGAAUGAUUGGGGUAUCACUAUGUAUCCUGUUGUUCCAGGGCAUGAGAUUACAGGGAUUGUUGUACAAGUUGGAAGCAAUGUGAGCAACUUCAAAACAGGGGAUAAAGUAGGAGUUGGGUGCAUGUCAGCAUCAUGCUUACAGUGUGAAUCUUGCAAAACCUCUGAAGAAAAUUACUGUGACAAAGUGCAGUUCACAUACAAUGGUGUCUUUUGGGAUGGAAGCAUCACUUAUGGAGGCUACUCAAACAUGAUCGUUGCUGAUUAUAGGUUUGUGGUUGCUAUACCAAAUAACCUACCCAUGGAUAGAGCAGCACCAUUGUUAUGUGCAGGAGUAACUGUGUUUUGUCCAAUGAAAGAUAACAACUUGAUUGGCUCAGAAAGACAAAAUAUAGGAGUCAUUGGUUUGGGAGGAUUAGGACAUUUGGCUAUUAAAUUUGCAAAAGCUUUUGGACAUCAUGUCACUGUCAUAAGCACUUCUUUAUCAAAAGAAAAAGAAGCCAAAACCAAAUUAGGUGCUGAUGAUUUCAUUGUUAGCUCUAAUCCACAACAAAUGAAGUCAAGGCAUAGGAGUUUGGACUUCAUAUUGGACACAGUCUCAGCCAAUCACUCUCUUGGGCCUUACUUGGAAUUGCUUAAAAUUAAAGGAACUUUUGUGAUAGUGGGUGCACCAGAUAAGCCCAUGGACCUUCCAUCAUUUCCAUUGAUAUUUGGUAAAAGAAGUGUGAAAGGAAGCAUGAUUGGAAGUAUAAAAGAAACACAAGAAAUGAUAGACAUUUGUGGGAAGUUCAACAUCAUGUGUGACAUAGAGAUAAUCACACCUCAUCAGAUAAAUGAAGCUUAUGAAAGAAUUGAGAAGAAUGAUAUUAAGUAUCGCUUUGUGAUCGACAUUGCUGCUCAAUCAUCGAACCUUUAAGUCAUUUAGGGAAUUUUUCGAGUUUUAAGUAUCGAUGAUAAUCGAUAUAUUGAGUUGGAGUGAGUGUACAUCUUAUUUCAUGUACUAGGUAUGCUUAUUUUAUAUGUAUGAAAUUGAUUGUUAUGAGUUGAAUACUUUGUUUUUGUGCUUUGGUACCCACUUGUAAAUAGUUACCUUUUGGGUUUACCAGUGUUAUGGGCUUUAGCCCAUAUACCGUAUUGGGCUUGAUUCUACAUGAUA